AUGGACCUCCCGACGCUGCUCGCCGCCCCGACCGCGCGCGCCGGCGCCGGCCAACAUGGCGGGGGCCAACAUGGCGGCGGCCCCGGGCGGCUCCGGCGCGGCCCGGGGCCUCCCGUCAGCCCGGACGCCGCGCGCCGCCGCCUGCUGGUGCUGAGGGGCCCGGAAGACGCGAGCCGGUCGCCCCCGCAAGACGGCGACGGCGACGGCGACGGCGGCGGCUCCAUCGUGGUCCUGCUGGGAGUGGCGCUCGCCGCCGCCACCGCCGCCGCCACCGAGGAGCCCUCCGGGCCCGACGUGGAGCCGGGGCCUCGCGCCGUCCCCGCAGGCCGCCCCGAGCGGGGCCCCGCGGCCGCCGACAGCCGGGACCUGCUGCUGCGCCUCGACCGCGGCGUCCUCAGCUUGGCCGGGCCGCCCGCGAGUCCCGCCGGGGGAGGCCGCGGGGCCCCGGGCGUCCCCUCCGCGGCGACGGCGACGGCGACCGCGCCGGGCUACCGCUGCCCCGAGCCGCAGUGCGCGCUGGCCUUCGCCAAGAAGCACGAGCUCCGCGUGCACCUGCUGUCGCACGGCGCCGGCCCGGCGCGCCGGCCCUUCCGCUGCCCGCGCCCCGGCUGCGGCUGGGCCUUCGGCACGUCCUACAAGCUCAAGCGCCACCUGCAGUCGCACGACAAGCGGCGGCCCUUCGGCUGCCCCGUGAGCGGCUGCGGCAAGACCUUCACGACCGUCUACAACCUCAAGGCGCACCGGAAGGGCCACGAGCAGGAGAGCCUGUUCAAGUGCGAGGUGUGCGCCGAGCGCUUCCCCACGCACGCGCGGCUCAGCUCGCACCAGCGCAGCCACUUCGAGCCCGAGCGGCCCUACAAGUGCGACUUCCCCGGCUGCGAGAAGACAUUCAUCACGGUGAGCGCCCUGUUUUCCCAUAACCGAGCCCACUUCCGGGAGCAAGAGUUCUUCUCCUGCUCCUUUCCCGGCUGCAACAAGCAGUACGACAAGGCCUGCCGGCUGAAAAUCCACCUGCGAAGCCACACAGGUGAAAGACCGUUUAUUUGCGACUCUGACAGUUGCGGCUGGACCUUCACCAGCAUGUCCAAACUUCUCAGGCACAAAAGGAAGCAUGACGAUGACCGGAGGUUCACCUGCCCCGUUGAAGGCUGCGGGAAGUCGUUCACGAGAGCAGAACACCUGAAAGGCCACAGCAUCACCCACCUGGGCACAAAGCCAUUUGAGUGCCCCGUGGAAGGGUGCCGUGCCCGGUUCUCCGCCCGCAGCAGCCUCUACAUCCACUCCAAGAAGCACGUGCAGGACGUGGCUGCCCCCAAGAGCCGCUGCCCGGUCUCCAGCUGCAGCCGCGUCUUCAGCUCCAAGCACAGCCUGAAGGCGCACGUGGUCAGACAGCACAGCCGGCACCAAGAUCUCUUACCUCAGCUGGAAGCUCCGAGCCCCCUCAUGCCGGCCGGCGAGCUGAGCGGCCCGGGCCAGAGCGAGCUCGCCAACAUCGACCUCGCCGCCCUGUUUUCCGACGGGCCUGCCGGCGGCGGGAGCCCCGCAGGCGGCUCAGACGAGGCUCUGAACUCGGGAAUCUUGACUAUCGACGUCACUUCCGUGAGCUCGUCUCUGGGAAGGAACGCUGCUGGCAGUGGCCCCCCGGGCCAGAUGGACCCCCUGGUCCUGGUGGCCCACGGCGACCUUCCUCCGAGCCUGGACAGCCCCCUCGUUCUGGGGACGGCGGCCACCAUCCUGCAGCAGGUCGGCGUCAGCGUGGAGGACGCGGCCGUGGGCGCGGGGGCGUUGGGCUGUCUGGUGGCUCUGCCCGUGAAGAACCUGGCCCCAGAGCCACCGCCCGCGACCUCCGGCGACAACUCGGCGGCACACAGCACCGCGCCAGCCUCUGCGGGCAGCCCCCGGGGGAGUGGCAGCGUCCCGGCCCUGCUGGCUGCGGUCAAGGUGGAGCCGGACUCGCCCCCUGGCCCCGGGGCGGCUGGGCGGCAGGAGGGAGACCAAGGGCUGCCCCCGGCCCUGUCGCCCGGCCCCGCGGAGACGCACGGCGAUCGGGACGCAGAGCUGAGAGCGGGCACCGGCGGCCUCUACCUGGUAUGAAGCCCUCGCUCGGUUCCGCGGCCACCACGUCGCUCUCUUCUCUGACACUCAGCUCCGAGGAGGUUCUGGAUCGUUCCUUUCUGUGCAGACACUUCUCAGGGGUUUGCAGGCGGCCGCAGCCCUGGACUGCAGAGUCUGAAUCGACCUUGAUGAGCUCCUGCGACCUUGAGCAAAAUCACCUAACCCGAGCCUUAAAUUCUCGUUUAUUUCUAAAAUAAGGGGAUUUGGCUAGAUGACCUCUGAGGUCCUUUCCGAGUUCUGUGAUUCCGUGGUCACGCGUGUCUUUCCUUGCAAAAAAAAAUCGAGGUGUGUCCUAACGUUGAGCUGUUUCGGCUUUGCGCUUUUCAGCUAAGGACGAGUCCUGGAAGACGAGGAACCGUGACGGAAACUACCUUUAAAGGUUUAAUGGAAACUUUAAAACCAUGCCAAAAUAUUUUUUUAAAAAUCACAGUUAACAAGGGAAAAAAAAAAAAAAAAGGAAGUGGUGUGUGAUCCUGCGUUCUUGGAGGAUUAUGAGAGUACUUCUCCAAUUCUGAGGCUGGACAAUUAAUAUACUUUAAUUGUAUUUAUAUCAAUUAAUACAUUUAAUGUAAUUUAAUUCCCAGUAAUUUAAUUAAAUUUUCUUGGGGUGGGGAGAGUGUGACUUUUCCUCAGUCUCAGAUGGGAACGAUCGAGGAGGUUUUUUUUUUUUUUUUUUUUUUCCUUGUUCGCAGAGGUUAAAUUGCUGGUGACGUUGCUAUCGUUCAGAAUGUUAAAUCUCAUUUUACCACGACUUUCGAAAAAUGUUAAGUGUUUUCAAUGAGGACAGAUUGCGAGGGGACGUAGGAACGGAUUUACCAGGGGCCAGCUCUUGUCUUCUCCUUCAGUCUGCAAGAAGGACGGUCUCCGUCCGUCCGGUUCUGGUGUCCCGCUGGUGGCAUUUGCUCGGGCUGCCACAGCCGCCACUGCCAGGGCAGGACGGGGCAGGGGACAGCGGUGGCCGCAGGGCAGAGCCGAGCGGGCAGGCAGUCCCUGGCGUGGGGACUUGGUGCCCCGAGAUGUCACCAGAGCCCGAGCUACGGGGGCAGGCGGAGCAGCCAGCAAGACCCGGAUCCUAACGCUUUGUUCAUUCUCUCACUAGCUGUGUGACGUGGGGUCCCCUGGCUUCUCUGAGUACAAAUGGUGUGUGGUGAAGGGGUCACAGGUAUGCCACUGGCUGUCGAGGGCCGAUCUUCCUCUCUCCGUAGCGAUAAGCAUUAAGAUGUCUUUCCUUUAAAACGUUCACAAACUGGUGACAGUUUUAAGUCCCAUCCGAAUCCCGUUUGUGUGGCUUUCCCCGGCCGUUUCCUGAGCUCAGGAAACUCCCGAGCUCGGUAACGUCGCUAGUCCCCGUCUUGGCGUUUCAGACUUCGGGUGCGGUGGCCCCGUAAGGCGGGACGGACGUGCCCCAGGCCCGCGGCGCGGUGGGCGGCACAGUGAAAAUGUCAGGGAGGUGGCCCUGAGUCCCCAAGGCCGGGCAGGCAGGCCGGGUGUCUGUCUCAGAGAGCAGAGAAGUGCGUAUGCCAUUUUAUAACCGUCUCUGUGUAAGAUAUUUUAACAUGUUUUAGACUUUGGAGAAAUAAACUUGGCUUCUCUGGAUAAUAAAAAUCCUGUCUGUC